AUGGAUGCCGGCCAGAAUACAAAGGGCCAAAUUGAUGUCAUGGAGAAUCGCCAUGCGGCAACCUUUGGCGUGGGAAUUGGGUUUAUCGUGUUUGACUCGGUUGUCAUUGCGCUGCGUAUCUAUGCACGCGCCUUUAUGCUGCGCGCUCUGGGGACGGAUGACAUAUUGAUGAUAAUUGGAGCAAUACUCAAUUUCGGAUUAUCAGUAACAAUUAUGAUCGGAUCAAACUACGGAAUCGGAAAACACGCCCUCGCUAUAUCACCCAGCGAUAGCGUGCCUAUGCUAAAGUGUAUCUGGGUUACGCGCCUCCUCUAUACCGCUUCCAUGGGCUUCGUCAAAAUGUCCCUACUGUGGUUCUACCUCCGGCUCGAUCCCCGAAAUCAUAUGCGCUGGGCUGUCUUCUUCGUCAUGUUCAUCAAUGUCGGUCUAUCUCUUGCGAGCUUCAUCGGUGCUUUGGCAGGCUGUAGCCCUCCAUCUUUGUUCUGGACCGAUCCAACAGCGGAGGGAUGUAUGCCCAUGGGACCACAGCAGCGUUUCUAUGAAGUCAAUGGCAUCUUGAAUAUCGUGACGGAUAUCUUGACGUAUCUACUCCCAGUCCCAAUGUUGUAUAGUCUGCAGUUGAGUUUGCGCAAGAAGGGGGCUAUUCUGGGGAUCUUUGGACUGGGUAUUCUGUCUAUUGCAGCUGCCUGCGUUCGCUAUAACUUCGUCAUAAAACUCGCCUCCGCCGCAGAAGAAUAUUACCUCCUCCUAGCCGACUCCCUCAACUGGUGCACGAUCGAGGCUUACGUCGCCAUCUUCUGCGGCUGCGCCCCCUCGCUCUCCAUCUUGAUCAAAACCUACGCACCAACUGUAUUCGGGUCUUCGAACGCUACCAGCACGAAGUCGCCCAACGCAAGUUAUAUUAUGCAGCGACGCACCCCGUUGAAAGGUAAUCGACGUCUGGGAAGGGGCGAUAUCACGCUGGGUAGCCAAGAUGCUAUUGUGACUGGCGGCAAUCCAGACCAGGAUCCCGAUCAGGAGGGGAUUGUGAUGAAGACCGAUAUCCAGAUGGAUGUGGCGUCGGCGAAAUCGGCCGAGGAUGCUACUUAUAAACCUGAGUAUUAUGAUUUUACGAGGCGGGCUUAA